AUGCAAAGGCUUAUUGAGAUUGAACCUAAAAAAUAUUUAGAAUUUGAAGAAAUUUUAUUAGCAUAUGCUUAAAUGUCAAUUAAAAAUUUGACUGAAAAAAAAGUUACUUUCAAAGUACCCUUAAAUUUGAAAUAAUAUAGAUAAAAGCUACAAAACCUAAUUUAUUUCUAGUAAGACCACCUAUUGGUCAAAUCAACCCCAAUUAAACAUAAAUUAUUGAAAUUUCUACAAACCGACCUAUAGAAGAUGAUUAAAUAUAUGAAAAUAAAUUUUAAGUUAAUGCCUGCUUUAUCGAUUCUAAAGAAUCAGGUAAUCAUUAAUAGCUAAAAUCAAUUAGAUCUGACUAUUUUUUGGAAGAGCAGAGAUAUAUCAACUAUUUAAUCUUAGAUACUCAGGAGCAUAAUAAAGCAGAAAUAAUAUUCAAUGGAAGAGCUUUUAGAAAUUGAACCUAAAGAUUUUUUAGAAUUUAAUGUUAAAGAAAAUAAAUUAGCAUAUGCCUAAAUGUCUCUUAAAAAUUUGACUGAAAAAAAUGUUGCUUUCAAAAUAAAAGCUACAAAACCUGAUUUAUUUCAAAUAAUACCAUUUAUUGGUCAAAUCAACCCCAAUUAAACAUAAAUUAUUGAAAUUUCUACAAACCGACCUAUAGAAGAUGAUUAAAUAUAUGACAAUAAAUUUAAAGUUAACGCCUGCUUUAUUGAUUCUAAAGAUUCAGAUCUGACUAUUUUUUGGAAAAGCAGAGAUGAAUCGAAUAUUUAAUCUUAAAUACUCUGCAGCAGAAUAAAACAGUAUAUUGUAGAAGAUACUUAAUCUCGCUCAUAAGGGAGUGAGUCUAAAGUUUUUGAAUAAAAUUUAAGUAUUUCGUAAUAAUAAGAUUCAAUAAUGUUUAAUUCUAUUAUUGUAAAAAAGGCAGAUGAUGAUUAAAUCGAUAAUAAUAAAGACUAAUUAGAAAACACUAAUUACAAAAAUAUCAAGAGUUUAACAAGAAAACCAGAAUUGAAAAUUAAUAAACAUAAUUAAAAAAAUAUAAUUGUAAUUUCAACUUUACUUUGCUCUAGUUUGCUAUCCUAGUUGCUUUAGUAAAAGGUUAUUUGA